AUGGUUCGUUUUCGUUUCACCUCCAAAGGUUUCCCUACUACUAGUACUGGUAGUGGCCUGAUCCAAAAGGCCAUGGUCGUGGCUCUGGUUCUGCUGUUUGCCAAUGUCAAGCCAGUCAAUGGAGAUGGAGAUGGUGGAUUGCCCUGUACGUUGACUUUAAAAGACGGCUCAAAAUAUGUCCAAGAAAACAUCAACAAUGUGAAUGGUGUGACCUUCUCCACGGCCGGCACUCUUACCUGUGAAGCAGUUGGGCCGUUGGACUCUGGCCCGUGCCAAGAUGCCACCAUCUCUAACUGCCUCAGUGUGGUCUGCAAUAACAAUGCUUGUCAAAAUGCGGAUCUCUCCACCCGCAUUGGUGGGGUUCAAUGCGGCGCCGGCGCUUGCAGCAGUGCUGAGCUUCCGGAUCUCUGCGUCGUCACCUACCCAGAUGGCUCAGCGUAUAUUGGUGCAGCAAUCGAAGGGAUCACUGGCCUUGAAUACGAUGCCAGCACCAGCUCGUUAACCUGCCACACUGGGUGUGAUGGUUUGACUGUAUCGGGAUGCUCAAGUGUGGCUUCCACCAGUGUCUGUACUUUGUUUCAGCCAGAUAGUAGCCAUCAUUUCGAUGGUACUGCCUACUUUGGUUCGGCUCUUGUUACCCUUGACGGCAUAGAGUUUGAUGCAGAUACUAAUACUCUCACGUGCAACCUCCAAUAUCAGUAUCAAAGUGGGCCCUGCCAAACUGCCACAGUUUCUGGCUGCAGCCAGCUCAUCUGUGAAGACCAUGCUUGUGGUGGAGCAAUAAUUACUGCGGUUCCUUCCAUCGAGUGCAGCGGUAAUUCUGCCUGUGAAGGUGCCACAAUCGCAGAACUGCCAAACGACACACUUGUGAAAUGUGUAGGAGCUAGUUCGUGUCUCAACUCAGAGAUCACUGCAGCAGACAGCUCCAGUGGUACUCGGGUUAUUUGUGAUGGUGUGUAUGCUUGUGGCUACAAUGAUAGAGAGAACAUCACACCCAUCAACGUUGAUUGUGUUGAAUGCAGAUCCGAUCAUGCUUGCCCUAAAGAUAAAAGUUCUGGAUGCCACUUCCACGGAGAGAAAUGCCAGCAGGGUCCCCAAGGAAGUUGCCCGUGCAGCUUGACCACGUCCACAGGAGAAAUCUAUUUGGAGCAAGACAUCAACACCCUUACUGACGUGUCCUACCAUGCUAGAACUAACAGCAUCCUUUGUGAAGGCCAACUAAAUGGACUAUGCCGGGAUGGAACAAUCAUGGCAUGCCAUACAGUUGAGUGCAGCACCCGGGCCUGUAAGGGAACCACAGUCUGGAAACCAAAUGACUUGGAUUGUGUUGGCAAAUGGGCUUGCAAAGAAGCUGUUCUCAAGAAACUUCCGUCCGGUGCCACAGCCUCAUGCAAUGGGGAGAGGGCAUGCGUGGAUGCCGUAUUCACUACAGAAGAAGGGUCAGGUGUCACUGUGGAUUGCAUUGACACUGAAAGCCAGGCGUGUCUACGAGCUACCCUCGACAACAGUGCAUUGUAA